CUGACUCAGUGGCUGUGACCUCCCUGAGCCUGUAGUGCUCACUUGGGGCUCCUGGGCUCUGAUCUCACUGGGUGCCUGUAGCAGGAGCAGCAUGAGGAGCCGCAGCCUCCUCCUGGUGACCCUCCUGACUCUGGCGAGCUUGCUGCCUGCAGCCUCUGGGCGGAAGAAAGAAGAGAAAUCGGGGGGCUGCCCACCAGACGACGAGCCAUGUGUCCAGUCAGUGCCUGACCAAUGUGUGAAUGACCGCCAGUGUCCCUCGACCAUGAAGUGCUGUCAUCGAGCUUGCUUCCUCCAGUGUGUCCCUAGGGUCUCGGUGAAGGCGGGCAGCUGCCCCGAGGACCGGAUGCACUGUCUCAGCCCCACACAGCACCUGUGUCACACUGACUCCGACUGCAAAGGCAAGAAGCGCUGCUGCCGUACGGCCUGCGGCCGGGACUGCCGAGACCCUGCCAAAGGCUAGUUCCGGUUUAGGACCCACAGCUCUGCAUCUUCGAAGGGGCUCCCAGCUGGAAGGGGUGAUGAGGCUGGGCCAGGGACCCUCCCUGCCAGCAGCAGCACCCAUGUUCUGAUAAACUCUGCUGUAUCUCCCCUGUGGCCCUGGCUCCUCCCCCGAGCAUCAUGAUCUGUUGUCUGACCUCAGAGGAGCUCCUCUUCCUCACCCCGAUACCCCAGCACUGUUAACACUGAGCUCCCACUCUUCCUAACACCCAUUUCCCAUCUCUCUGCACAUCCUGCAUCCUCCAGCGGAAAUGCCCAAGCUGGGCAGGGCCCUCUUGGUGCAGGCCUGACUCCUCCCUUGGGCAGUCCAACCGCCGGGCUCUUCGUCCCAGCAGCAAACAUCAUCCCUCAGGCUUUCCACGGCACCUGCACCACAGCAUAGGCACAUGCCAUGUGCUACCUGCACUGUUUACUUAACGUUUGCCUCUCAAUGACUGUUGUGUAUAAAUACGGCUACUGCAA